UGCUGAUUGAUAUUUAUCGAACUAUGAAUGGACCCACCUCAUCAAACCGUCUUUCCGAUUAAUGGUUUUCUAUAUAAGCCAUUCUCCUCCGCCGCAUUAACCGCCUCACGUAUUUUCAACCUGCAUUACUGAAAACCAAGAAAGGGAGACGAAUUUAGGGGGGAAAAGGAGUUUAGUUUGUUAAUUUGUUGUUGGUGGUGAUUAGAAUUUGAGGAAAUUAGAAGAUGGGGUCGAAACAAGGAUCUCCGUCUUAUUAUGAUGUUCUUGGCAUUUCUAUGGACUCCUCCGACGAUCAGAUCCGACGUGCUUAUCGGAAGCUUGCUAUGGUAAUGCAAUGGCAUCCUGAUAAGUGGACGAAGAAUCCAUCGCUUUUAGGGAAAGCUAAACGUAAAUUUCAACAAAUUCAGGAAGCUUAUUCAGUUUUAUCAAAUCAGAAGAAGAGAUCAAUGUACGAUGCUGGAUUUUAUGAUCCUCAAGAUGAAGAAGACGAGGGUUUUGCUGAUUUUCUGCAAGAGAUGUCAUCUUUAAUGGAAAACGUAAAGAAAGAGGAGAAAAGCUACAGUUUUGGGGAACUACAAAGCAUGUUCAAGGAGAUGGAGCAAAGUUUCAACCAUUUAGACUCUUUCGGUUUUGAUUAUAGCGUUGAAUACAAAGAACCAGUUUGGUCUCAUGAAGUGUUAACUUCGGAUGAUGAUUCAAGAAGUUCAAAGAGAGCAAAAGCUGACAUAAACCCAGUGCCAAAAUUUCAUCAAUCGGGCAUUAGUAUACAAGAGACCCAAGUGUGUAUAGAAUAAAACCGAGUUGAUCAUGGCAAUGAACGAACCUUUGAUGAUGGUUGGCUAUUGAGAAAAAGAAUGGCAUGUGGAUGGAGAAGAGAACAAACGCUUGGCCAUGGAGCUUCAUCCAUGUAAAUGGUGUCGAUGUGUUUUCUUGAACAUGUAAAGUUGUAUGUUCAUGGCAAAAUAUGAGUUUUGUUGCGAAGAUUGUGAUGUAAAAACUUUUACUAGUUCAAGAAAUUAAUCGGGUUUUCGGUGAA